AUGGCCACUAGCACAAGAUACAGGCGACAGGCGCCUACCUCGUCGGAAAUCAUCUCCUCUACUACCAUCUCCAACAGCGAAGCUGAGGAAGUUCUGACUCAAUAUCUCGACUCCAUCACUACCAAAGACAGUGUUUCUCAUCAACUCACACGACUACAAAGAAGUCUUCGUGGCCUGCCAUCGCUGCUGCAGGAUCCCGAAGAGUUCGUCGACGGCGAAGACCAGGCCGAUGUCAACAUGGAUAUCAACAUGGACGCUGAUGCCCUCCCUAACGGCACUGUAAAGCCAGCAUCCGACGGCAAAAUUAGCAAAGAGCAAAGAAAGAAACUCAAAAAGGAGCGAAGAAAGCAGGAAAAGAAAGAACGGGCGUCCAAACCCAAAGCCGACGAAAACGACGACAUGUCAGAGUAA